AUGUCUGGCUCAGCUCCCAUAUCAGUUGGGCUUGACCCAGCAGUGACACCUACGGUGAUUCCCCGACAGGACACAGGAAUAUUAAAUCGAGCGGGACCAACUAUCACCCCAUCCUGGACUACGACGAUCACUCAGACUGAUAGCUACGGCCGUCCUACUGCGACAAGAACUAAGCUAGCUGUGAUAGAGACAACUUCGGAUGGCAGGACCACAGAUGUCCUUCGCGAGACUGGUACUGAAACUAUGCCAUUGACUACUGCAUUCAUGCCGCCAUCAUCAUGCAUUGGACGCUACUACAGUAUGACUGCAUUCUCAGAGAGCAUGGCGACUCGCAGCCCUGUAAUAUUCAGCGAUGCAUCCGAUCGCCUAUACAAAAGCUGCCUGCCGACGGCGACGGCCUCGGCCCGGGAAACGGUAUUUAGCCCUGGCAUUUGCCCUAGUCUGAUGGCACCAGUCACCAACAUGGCAUAUGAUAGACAGUAUACCGAGGUUUGCUGCCAGAGCGGAUUUACGUGGGACUUCCGAGGCUGUGCGUCACAAGUCAUGUCCACUACGAGAGUUUUGGUAGCCCCGAAUAUUACUACCACGGAUAUACACAUAAGGGUCUCAAACGUUGUAGCGCUCCACCCAGCUUCCACGGUGUACUGGCAGCAUCCCGAUCUCAGCCUAUUUCCUACGGAUGUCGCGUCGAGGUUGCGGGAGGUGGAAGCUUCACUGGGACCUGUGUCGACUCCGACUCCGACCCCUUCGACUCUGCCCCGUUCGGGUGAAGCGUCGGAUGGAUUAGGCUGGAACGCAAUAAUAGGGAUUGGAGUGGCGACCACAGUCGUGUUGCUGAUAGUAAUCGUCUUCACUUCGGCCUGGGCGUGGAAAGUUAAGAAGAGACGGAGCCGCGCUCCGCGGCCAGGUAUCUCGGAGCUUGGAUCGGGUCAUCCGGGCAUCUGGAAACGUUUCUUAGGCGGUCAAUGGAGAGCAGAGUUGACCAACCAGGGUCAAGUGGCGGAACUGGAAGGCGGUGGCAACGUCCAGAGAAACGGCGACGGGGAGCAUGUUGCGAUGAAACCCGCAGAACUAGAAGGCACAAUCCCCUGUCAAGACUCGGAUGAUGACACGUUAUCAUCGAACAGUAUCGCUGCGGGGAAAGGCGAACGUAGCAAGAGUUCGAAUCCUGCACAGGAUGAUUUACCAAAUGAAUGCGCAGCAACAAAUUAG